AUGACGGGAGGUUUUUAUCGUUUCGCCAUGAACAAGCGAAAACGGGAAGAUACAGACCGACUCCUUCCCCAAAAAAAGCACUAUCGGCAACGAGCCCAUGCAAAUCCAUUCUCUGACCAUACUCUCGAAUAUCCAUCAUCGCCAGAGGCGGUUGACUGGGCUUUACACUUUCCGGCAGCUGCAGGCCCACCCGACUUCGCUGAUAUUGGUUGUGGUUUUGGUGGAUUGCUGAUUGCGCUAGCACCUCUCUUUCCAGAGACCAGAAUGCUCGGAAUGGAAAUACGCGUCCAAGUCUCUCAAUAUGUCGAAGACCGCAUCGCGGCGCUUAGAGUUACCCCAGACGCCCCUUCGCACUAUCAGAAUGUCUCGAUUGUCCGCGCUAAUGCGAUGAAGUUUCUUCCGAAUUUCUUUGGCAAACAUUCUCUUUCGGCCAUCUUUUUCCUUUUUCCCGACCCACACUUCAAACAGCGCAAACACAAGGCUCGGAUCAUUUCUCCAACACUCCUGGCUGAAUAUGCCUACGUUUUGAAACCAGGCGGCAUCAUUUACACCAUUACGGACGUGGAAGACUUGCACCAUUGGAUGAAGUCCCAUCUCGAGGCUUUUCCAUUGUUCAACGCUAUUUCCGAGGAACAAUUGCGUGAAGAUGGAAAGGGGCCUAUUCUUGACGCGGUAUAUAACAGCACGGAGGAGGGCAAGAAAGUAGAAAGAAACAGUGGCCAAAAAUGGCUUGCUUGCUUCAAACGUGUACAAAUCGAGCGGGAAGCAUGA